AUGACUGAGAUAAGUGUGGAGUCAGUGUGUGAGUUUAUUACAUCUCAUGGUGGGAAAGUAAAAAACAUCACACUUGUGUCAAACUUUAAGAAGCUUUUAAAUGAUCCUGCAACUAGAGAUGCAGCUCGUCAGCAAUUCAAGGAAUGUGUGAAUACAGUAGCCGUGGUGAAAACUGAAAAUGGAGAGAAAUACGUUCAGUUAAAGAAGAAAUAUCGAUCUCCGUCUUCCUCAUCAAGGUCCUCUGUCGCGAGUGAUGCAAAUGUUCCUCCACCUGAGGCUGCCAAGCAAUCAGCAGCGCCAGCUGCUGAAGUUGUCAAGGCAAAAGAUGCAAGGGUUGCUAAGCAACACUCAUCUGAGGUUGCUAAGCAACAGAAAACCCCAGAGAUUGCAUGGAAAUCUGGUUCAAAGGCUCAUCAUAAUCCAGAAUCUCCUGAAAAAGGUGAUCUUAACAACAGUUACAAUCCAACACAAGACGUACCAUUUGCUGAUGAUCCACGCCUGAACACCAUAAGAGCACCGGUUCAAUCCCCCGUGAGGGAAGUACUUCAAGCCGCAAGUCCAGAGAGGAAAAGUCGUCAUCGAUUCUCAUCAUGGAUCGCCACAUAA